AUGUUCCAUGUUUCUUUUAGAUAUAUCUUUGGAAUUCCUCCCCUGAUCCUUGUUCUGUUGCCUGUCACAUCAUCUGACUGCCACAUUAAAGAUAAAGAAGGUAAAGCAUAUGAGAGUGUGCUGAUGAUCAGCAUCGAUGAAUUGUUAGACAAAAUGACAGGAACUGGAAACAAUUGCCCCAAUAAUGAACCAAACUUUUUUAAAAAACAUCCAUGUGAUGAUACAAAGGAAGCUGCUUUUCUAAAUCGUGCUGCUCGCAAACUGAAGCAGUUUCUGAGAAUGAAUAUCAGUGAAGAAUUCAAUAUCCACUUACUAACAGUUUCCCAAGGCACACAAACACUGGUGAACUGCACAAGCAAGGAAGAAAAGAGUCUAAAGGAACAGAAAAAGAAUGACCCAUGUUUCCUAAAGAGACUACUGAGAGAGAUAAAAACUUGUUGGAAUAAAAUUUUGAAGGGCAGUGUAUAAACAUAGGACGUGCAAUUGCAGUCUCCA